AUGACUAAGAUUCGACGCUCUCAAAUCCCUGGUAUGCGUUUCGAUCCCUCAGACUUGCAGCUCGUCAACAUACUUGGCCGAAGAAUCUAUAAUAACAAACUAUCUAGAUACGUAACCGAUAUUCAUAAUCUGUACGAGCAAGAACCGUGGCUUCUUCACCACGUAAGACACGUUAAGUUCAAGGAGAACGAGUGGUUUUACUUCGUCACGAGGAAACAACAUCCUGGAACUAAGAAAACUGACUCUAAAAGACCGAGUCGAAAGGUGGCUGGAUCAGGUAGAUGGAAGACAACUGGUUCUUUGACUCAUAUAGAGAAAGAAGGAGUCGAGGUCGGUACAAUGCAACAUAUAACUUUCAAAGCCAACAGCGAAGCAGAGGAAGAAGAUGAGAUAACAACGGGUUGGGUGAUGCAUGAGUAUGUUUUGAAUAAACCGGGAUUUCAAGAAGUGGUUUUAUGCAGAAUCCGGUUUUACCCGGGUGAGGACAAUGCUCAGUAUGCUCCAAGACUCGAACCCAUCAUGAUCGGACUUGAACGAGAAGAUGGUUUAGAGAAUAACCUUCAAAACCAUAUGAUCGGUAUAAAUAAUGGUGUUGCUGAUGCUGCUUUUGAAGAUAUCCAACAAUACUUGGACGUUCCGGUGGAGACUAUUGAUUAUGAUCACUAG